AUGACUGGUGCAACAGUUGCAUUGUUGACUACUUGGAAAUGUAAAUUAGAGCAUUUGCAGAAAAAAAACGGUAUGGUUGAUGAGCCUACAAUGCACCAAAACCAUGCUGAUGCUAUUGAUGCAAGAAUUCAAUGGAGUGACUUAGAAAAUUUAUUUCUUGAAGAUGCAAAAGUGAUGUUGAUUGAUCGUUUAGAGAAUGAAUUAAGCAAAAAAAGCGCUAUUAAACUUAAUACAAUUUUGGCUUGUAAUUUUCAAAUUGUUAAACAAGAAGGAAUAGAAAUUAAGACAAAAUAUUUUAGUGAUGGAUGUAUGGAAAUAUUGCAAUCAUCAAAUCUUGAUGAUAUUUUAUCAAAUAACUUUGAGAUACUUAAAGCUGAUUUGGAAGAGAAAGAAAUGCGUGGUUCAGGUUGGACCUUGCAUGAAAUUCUACAUUUGGAAAUAAAUAUAAACGACUAUGUACCUUUACGUGGUGGUUCGUCAACUUUUAUUGAAAUGCCUGAUUGGAUUAUAAAAAUAAAAUCAGUUGUAAACGUUAUAAACUAUAAAGAUAAUUAUUGCUUUAUUUGGAGUGUGUUAGCUGCCAUGCACAAGGUUCCACAUCCAAACAGAGUAAGCUCAUAUGAAAGAUACAAGAAUGAUUUAAAUCUAGCUGGAAUAACUUUUCCAAUGAGUUGGUGCAAAAUCAAACAAUUUGAAAAAAAUAACAAUUUGAGAAUAAAUGUAUAUGGCAUUGAUAACACUGAUGAUUUAGAUGAUGAAUCCAAUGAUAAAGAAGGUGAUAGCGUUGAUGAUUCAAAUGGUACAAAUAAGAAAAAAAAAAAGAGACGUCUAGAAAGGAUUGUUCCAUAUUAUUUGAGUAAUAAUGAUGCAUCAAAUCAUCCAACAAUUUAUCUUUUAAUUAUUGAAAAGCCUGAGAAAAAUGUUGAUGGAUUCCAAGAUGAAACAAUGCAACCUAAAUUAUCAACCAUAAUAGCUGUGGUAUUUCAUGGUCUCCGUAAUUAUGAUAGCCAUUUUCUAAUUGAAGCAUUAAAAAAACAAUUUCCAGGUGAUAUUGAUCUUUUGGCUUUAAAUAAGGAAAGUUACAUACGCUUCACUGAACGUGUUAAAGGUACUAGAAUUAAAUUACGUUUUAUAGACUCUUAUAAAUUCAUGGCUAGCUCAAUAAGUACACUCGCUAAUGAAUUAGAUGAUAAUGAUAAAAAACAAUUGCCGUCAAAACUUGAUUUUUAUUCUCAACUUAAUGAAGAGCAUGUGAGUGAUGAUGAUUAUGCUCAUGCUUGCAAUGUAUGGAGAGUAUUUAAAUUAAAAAAUCUUGGAGAAUACUCAGAUUUAUAUCUCCGUACAGAUGUUCUUCUUUUAGCUGAUAUAUUUGAAAAUUUUAAAUAUUUUCGUUUCAAAACCUAUGAUUUAUAUCCAGCUCAUUAUUACACACUCCCGGGGUUGAGUUUUAACGCGAUGCUAAAAUAUACAGAGAUUGAGUUGGAAUUAUUAUUAGAUGCUGAUAAAUUAUUGUUUAUUGAGGGAGGUAUUAGAGGUGGCUUAUCACAAUGCUCACAUCGUGAUGUCAUUGCAAAUAAUAAGUAUAUGAAAGAAUACAAUUCAAAUAUUAGAGAUUCAUAUUUAAUGUACUAUGAUGUUAACAAUUUAUAUGGUUAUGCAAUGGCUUCUACACUACCAGUAGGUAAUUUUCAGUGGGUUGAGAACUUUGAUAUAAAUUCAUUACAAUCUAUUGUGGAUGAUGCUGAGUGGGGUUAUAUUUUGGAAAUAGAUCUAGACUAUCCAGUAGAGCUUCAUGAUGAAAAUAGGGAACCUUUGGCACCAGAACGACAAAUACCUCCUUUAUCUACAAGUAAAUGCCCAAAAUUAUUAGCAACUCUUUAUCCUAAAGAAAAGUAUGUAAUUCAUUAUAGAAAUUUAAAACAAUACGUAUCUCUGGGGAUGAAAAUUAAAAAAGUAUAUAGAGUUUUAAAAUUCAAACAACGAGCUUGGUUGAAACCAUAUAUUGACUUAAAUACUGAAUUACGUACCAAGGCAACAUCACUCUUUGCUAAAAAUCUAUUUAAAUCAUUAAUUAAUAUUUGUUUUGGUAAAAUGUUAGAGUCAACACGUUCACAGAGAAUAAUUAAAUUAGUAUCAAGAUAUGGCGGUCGAGGUGGAGCAAGAGCUUUGAUAUCAAAACCUAAUUUUCACAGCUCUUUAAUUAUUGAUGAUUCAGUUAUUGUUGAAAUAAAACGAUUGAAUAAUGUUAAUUUUGUAUAUAUGGAUACUAAUAGUGCAAUUUUAGAGAUUUUUACACCAGAUAUCUAUGAGUUUAUUCGUAGAGAAUGUAAUAAUUUUGAUACAUCUGAUUACCCUCUAAAUAAUCGAUAUAACAUUCCUCAAAAAAAUAAAAAAGUACCAGGUAUUAUGAAGGAUGAAUGCAAUGGGAAAAUUAUGAAGGAAUUUGUUGGGUUAUGUUCGAAAGAAUAUUCAUUUCUAGUUGAAGAUGAGACUUGUAUCAAUAAUGUAAAACUUCAUAAAAAAGCUAAAGGAGUAAAAAAAUCAUCAAUGAAAACGAUGACUUUCGAAGACUAUAAAAAUUGUGUUGAAAAUCAUGUUCAAAUAUCUAGAAAACAAAAUUUAAUUCGCUCUGAAAGACAUCAAGUUUAUACAAUUACCACAGAAAAAAUAGCUUUAAGUUGGAAUGAUGAUAAGAGAGUACUUAUUGAUGGUAAAAAUUAUACUCUGCCUUGGGGUUAUUUUUUAUGCAAAAGAACUUAG